AUGUUGAGCCGGUUGAAAACAGCGCGGACAAUCACAAUGGCUCGUCGCUCUCUCUCUUCUGCACCACCAUCACCAUCACCACCCGCCGCGCCUGUCGAUCCCGCCGCGCCCCCGAUGUUGCGCUUUCAGGCGGGCCUCCCAACCCUCCCGGUCCCCUCGCUAUCAAACACACUCUCAAAAUACGUCGAAACUCUCGAACCCAUCACCUCCCCAUCAGACAUGGAUAAAGCCUUGUCUCGAGUCUCUGAGUUCCGCUCUUCGGCCAUCGCUCAAACCCUUCAAGAACGUCUAAUAGCACGCGCAAGCAAGUGCGACAACUGGCUCUCUGAAUGGUGGAACGAGGCUGCUUAUAUGGGAUAUCGGGAUCCUGUCGUCGUGUUCGUAUCCUAUUUUUUCGUGCAUGUGGAUGACCCCGUGCGCACCAACCCCACCGAACGUGCAGCAGCAAUCAUUAAAGCGACACUUGCUUUCCGUGCCAUGGUUGAAUCGCAAACUCUCGAGCCCGAGCGCGCGAAAACUCCUCUAUGCAUGGCUUCCUACAAAUGGAUGUUCCACGCCUCGAGAUACCCAGCAAUCCCUAGUGACACCGCCCACAAGUUCGACUAUAAACUCGGAGGGAAGGAGUAUAACCAUUUCAUAGUCAUGAGGGAUAAUAGAUUCUUCAUUGUACCGUUAGCUGAUGCACAAGGCAACGAGCUUUCGGCCGCCUCAAUUCAAGCUCAUCUCGACGCCAUAGUUAAACAUGUCGCUUCAUCGCCCUCCCAGGCGUCUGAGGUCCCAAUUGGUGCCUUUACCUCGGAUAACAGAGAUAACUGGGCACACAACCGCGAAAAGCUCAUCGCUGCCUCCCCUGAAAACGAAAAGAACCUCGUCAAACUCGAGUCCUCGCUAUUGACACUCUGCUUAGAUUCUUCCGCUCCGACCACCCGCGAAGACAUCUCCUGGCAAACUUGGGUGGGUAACGGCCGCAACCGUUGGUUCGACAAGCAUCAAUUCAUUGUUUAUGAAAACGGACGUUCUGGCUUCCUUGGCGAACACUCAUGUAUGGACGGAACCCCGACUCUCCGUCUCAACGAAUUCGUUCUCGCCUCUCUAGCACGCAACAAGAUCGACCUCGGCCCAUCUACACCAUCCAUCCCAUCCACCGAAAUCAAAGUCGAGGAAUUGGUGUUCAAUGUUAACAAGGACAUCAAAACGAGCGUCAAAGAAGCAGAAGCGAGGUUUGACAAACUCGUCGGUGACCAUGAGAUGGCUGUCCUUCAUAAUGACUCCUAUGGCAAAUCCUUGAUCAAGUCCCACAAAGUCUCCCCUGACGCCUGGGCACAACUAGUCAAACAACUCGCCUUCUUCAAGCUUACAGGCCGCGCUUCCGCCGUAACCUACGAGUCCUGCCAAACGCGUAAAUUCAAACUCGGCCGAACGGAGGUCAUCCGCAGCGCCAGCAGAGAGGCGAAGAACUGGGUCAAGUCUAUGGACGAACUUGUUUCCUCCGUGAGACGCGCCGCCUUGUUCCGGAAGGCCGCUGCGCGACAUCUUCAGUACGCGGCAUGGGCAGCGGACGGGGAAGGCGUCGAUCGCCAUCUCUUCGGGCUCCGUAAAUCACUCCUCCCUGACGAACCCGUUCCGUCCAUCUUCACGGACCCAGCCUUUGCGCACUCGUCUCACUGGGAAUUAUCCACCUCCCAGCUAUCCUCCCCAUACAUCGACGGCUGGGGCUACGGCGAGGUCGUGCCUGAUGGCUACGGUUUGAGCUAUGCUAUUGGGGACGAUUAUAUCCGGUGGACGAUUACGUGUCUGAAGGGCAAUAAGAAGGGGAGUGCGGAGGAGUUGAAACGGUGUUUGGCGGAGGCGGCUAACGACGUCAAAAUGAUGAUGGAGGAGGAGGCCAGGGAGAAGAGCAGUAAGCUGUGA